UGCAAAAGUUACAGUUUUGUUGUUGAUGUUGGGAGACUCGCAUCCUGCAGUUCCCCACGUUCAUUAUACAUUUAUAAAAAAUGUCCAGAGUGUUUAGAUGCAUAUUUAUUUCAAAUCUGUUUCCCCCACACCCUUUUUCCCUGCAGUUAUAUAACGCGCAACGGAAACCACAUUCUGCAUCUCUCUGCCCGCAAUCAGCUGUCAAAUCAACAUCUCACAUGAAACAUGUGUAAUCUGACGUGGCUCCAAAACCGGAGCAGAUAUCCAACUAAUUAAAAGCAAAUCCACUCUGCGAUUAGCAUCGUGUUAUUUUUAGAAAUGAGAAAGACGGCGAUUGGAGUGCAGGGGACGUGAAAAGAGGGGAGGGCGCCCGGGCGUGAGAGAUAAACAGAGAGGGGAUGGACGCCGCGUCUCACAGGAAGACCAGAGAGGCUGAGGACGCGCAAGUGGAGAGGAAGAUCUGACAGGCCGGAAGAAGGAGGACGCUGCAGAUUCGCAGGGAGGUGAUCACCACAAGAGGAGCAACUAGUGCCUCCUGGUCACGCCGUCAGCUUUUCCCUCCUGAACGUGCUCACCAUGAGGAGUGUGUGUGUGUGUGUGUGUCUCUGCCUGGCUCUGCUGCUGCCCUGCUGCGUUCAGAGCCAUGUGAGCCGCCCGGCCCUCGCCCGGCUCGACGAGGACACGCAAAGAGACGUCCUGGCCGUCGACUUCCUGGACCGCGACGGCGUGUUGAACUCACUGCUCCGUUCAGAGCAUCACCUGGUGCUGCGGCAGGCCAGAGCCCCGCGCCCCGCGCCCCGGGUGCCGAAGAGAGCCCAGCAGGGCUCCCGCUUCGCCCUGUCCCUGGAUGUCCCCACCAGCAUCCUCAGUGUCCUCAUAGACCUCGCCAAGAACCAGGACAUGAGGACCAAGGCAGCGGCCAACGCGGAACUCAUGGCGAGGAUCGGCAAGAGGAAAUGAAAGCACGGAGACCCAGAGCCGGCCCGAGGCAUAAGUGAAGGAAGGCGCAGCUCGGGCUCAAAGGAAUGCGUCAGUUUUCAAAGAUUAAAUCUUUAAAUACUAUGUCGAGAAUGUUUAAAAUAAAAUUCAAACACAUUUUAAGUUUAAAACACAAAUUGGAAUUUCCAGAGCAAUUCAACUUUUACAAAUUGAAUUGUUUUAUUUGAAAAAUAAUUAGGAAAUGUCCAAGUUCAGAACAAGCCAGAAUAUAGUCAAGUUCAAUGUAUUGGCAGGUACAAAAAUGUUUUUUUGUUUGCUAAAUUUGUGAGAAUAUUUAUUUAUUUAUUUAGAACAGACAAAAAGCAAAAGAGUAAAAAUAAACAAAAAAAAUGUUCUUGUAAAAGAAGAAAAAAAAAACUAUAAAAAAUGUUUGAGUGAAAUGCACUUAGAAUAAGAGCAAAAAACCGGCAUUAAAAAAAACAAAAGCUAUUGGUGUCAUAAAUAUUUUCCAUUUCAAAAAGGGUUAUGAAGGAGGUGGGUUUGACAGGAAGCUUGGCCCCCAAAUCAAAUUCUGCUCAAGGCCUCAUUCAACCUUGGACCGGCUCUGGCGGGGAAACAAAUCGCUAAAACGAGACUUUGUAACAUAAAUCUUUGUUUCAAACCAGCUCAGUUUGGGGUGAAUCCUGUCGCUACGAUCCGUGUUGGUUCUGUGCAACUUUUUCUACUCAUGAUAAAUAACUCAAACUUCACCUCAUUUACUGACUUUGGAGUCCAAAUAACCAGACAGAGGGACGUUGCGUGUGCCACGUUGCGUGUGCCACGUGCGCGCUGCUGUGAACAUUGGUGGUCUGGCGUUUUAUUUGCACUGUGGCGUGAAACGUCUCUCGUGUUUGCAUGUGUGAUCUUAAGUUGAAAGAAAAAAAAACAAAACAAACGACAAAAAAAAUUGUUCAAUUAAAUCCAAUGUGAUGA